UGUGACUGGGAAGGAGGCGGUUCUAUAGGAAAAUGGCGUCGCUGCUUCAGCUGGAGCGGGUCCUGUAUUUAGUUCACGGCGAGAAAGAUAUCCGGGCUCCGCUAUCCCAGCUCUAUUUCUGCCGCUACUGCAGCGAACUGCGCUCCCUGGAAUGUGUGUCGCACGAGGUGGACUCACACUAUUGCCCCAGCUGCUUGGAGAAUAUGCCAUCGGCUGAGGCCAAACUUAAAAAAAACAGAUGUGCCAACUGUUUUGACUGUCCCUGCUGCAUGCAUACCCUAUCCACCCGGGCAACCAGCAUCCCUGCACCUCUUCCGGAUGACCCUGCAAAAACCACCAUGAAGAAAGCUUAUUACCUAGCUUGUGGCUUUUGCCGUUGGACCUCCAGAGAUGUUGGUAUGGCUGACAAGUCAGUUGCGAGUGGUGGUUGGCAGGAGCCAGAGAAUCCACACACCCAGAGGAUUAACAAGUUGUUGGAGUAUUACCAACAACUGGCACAGAAAGAAAAGAUUGAACGUGACCGAAAGAAAUUAGUGAGACGCCGGAACUACAUGCCUCUUGCAUUUUCUCAACACACUAUUCAUGUGGCGGAAAAGUAUGGCCGCGGAACAAGACUACAGCGUCAAAGACCUGGCGCUCCAAUUGCUCCCCUGGCUGGUUUGACUCUCAAAGAAGGUGAAGACCAGAAGGAGAUGAAAAUAGAACCUGCUCAGGCUGUAGAUGAAGUGGAACCUUUACCAGAAGACUAUUACACCAGGCCCAUCAAUUUAACAGAAGUUACAACCCUGGACCAGCGCCUCCUGCAGCCUGAUUUUCAGCCUAUAUGUGCCUCACAACUGCAUCCUCGACACAAACAUCUCUUGAUUAAGCGCUCUCUACGAUGCCGGAAAUGUGAACAUAACUUGAGCAAGCCAGAAUUUAAUCCUACUUCCAUCAAGUUCAAGAUUCAGCUGGUUGCUUUGAGCUACAUUCCAGAGGUGAGGAUUAUGUCCAUUCCAAACCUGCGCAACAUGAAAGAGAGUCAAGUGUUGCUGACUUUGACAAACCCUGUUGAAAAUCUCACUCAUCUGACUCUAAUACCUUGUGAAGAUGGGGAUCCUUAUGACAUUAACAGCACUGCCAAGGUAAUUGUGCCUACAAAGGAACUCGUCCUUGCUGGCAAAGAUGCAGCAGCAGAGUAUGAUGAGUUGGCUGAACCACAAGAUUUCCAGGAUGACCCAGAUGUUGUUGCCUUCCGGAAAGCCAAUAAAGUAGGUGUUUUCAUCAAGGUCACACCUCUUCAAGAAAAAGGAAAAGUGAUUGUGAGCUUCAAGCUAAAACAUGACUUCCGAAACCUGGCUGCUCCCAUGAGGCCUUUAGAAGACAACGAGUCCAGCUCUGAGGCAGUGUGUCUUAGUCAUCAUGUUGAGCUUGACCUCGGCCCCGUUGUUCCACCAGCCCUAUGAGAGAAAUCAUAACUGUGUGGACGCGGAUUAAUAAGGGGAUGGGAAAGGCUAGCUCUUAACCAGCAAUGAUUGAGGGCAAAUUUGAGGUGAGAUUCAGCAACGCACUUAUAUUUAAAAGUCGGUGCACAGCUGUGAUCUAAUAAAGCACUAAAACUAUGAGAGAAGUAGGUAUGUGGAGAAAGCUGUUGCCUUGUCUGUUUACUAUGAUUUAUCACUGAAGCGCUUAGGACAUGACUGCCAUGACAUACUAGUGUACCUUCCAAAAUUUCAAAUCUAUGCUGGUAAUACCUGGAGUGUGAGGAAUGGCUUGGCUUGGUAAGAACAUUGCACAACCUACACAUGCCUGAUCUUAUUUCCACAAUGUUAUUUUAUUCAGAUAAAACUGCUCAUGUCCAUUGAUCUAGGUUUUUCACCAAACCAUCCUCUGAUUUUUUUGUUUCUGCCCUUAAUGCGUUAUUACAUGAAAAGCGUUGAUUUGAUAAACCAUAAAUGCAUGAAACCUGUUACAUAAGAAUCCAUCUACAUCACAACUCAAACAUCUUUACUUUUAUAAACAGACUAUGCUGACUUUUAAUAUAAUAGCACAUAGCUUCCUCCAAAAACGUUACACAAGUUGUGAAAUAUGUUCAAAGAAAAAAUAAUCCAUAAAUGGCAAACAAUCAGGAUAUAAAAAUUUAAAUAUUCUACUCUCAGAAGAGCUAUAAUGGAAUUGAUAUUGAAUAUAUUAUAAUUAUUACAUUUUAAUAUAUUUAAUGAAACCUAAUGGUUCUAUUUCUCAGUUAUGCAUAUUGAUUUUUUUGUAUUUCUUUAUUUUUAUAUUGCUGAGCAGCCAUCUUAUACCCGACUGGUGGCCCAACCAUUAUCGGGUCUACUGAUAUCUGCCCUGCUGCUGCAAUUGUUCUAUGUGAAGCAGAUGGUCAGAUAACAUUAGUUUGAACCUAUAUGACUGCUCAGUCAGAUACAAAAGUGAUAUUUUCUCCCAAAAGAAAAAUCAAUAUACAUUUACAAAAAAAUAUUAUGGGUUUCAUUAAAUGUAAUAAACCUAAAAAAUGAGAAGUGGACAUUUGAUAAGUUGUCCUUUAUGCUUUUGGUCCGCGUUUAGUAUUGUUGACAUAUUAAAUUACAUUUAUCAUUAAGACAUUAAAAGUAAAAUCUAUU